GAACCUUCGGUCAUACUCGUUCCGCCUCGGCGGACUAUCUUGGUGGUACCACAAACACAGGGCUCUUCCUCCCCACGUGAAGUGCUUGGGAGACCAUGGCGCCAGCAAAGGAGGACGAGUUGAUCAGCGAGGAAUCAGAAGAUGAAAACAGCGAAUUAUCAGAUAGUGAACUCCAAGAUGCUUUUGCAAAAGGCUUGUUGAAACCUGGAAUGAACUUGGUGGUGGAAAAAUCCAAAAAGUUCGCCAAUAAUGUGGAGGGUUUGAAACAUUGUUUGAAAGACUUGAAGAAAGACCUUCCCUGGGUGGAGAGAUUGGACCUGACCAAUCCACCAGUUGAUGAUGUCUUUGCUAAGAUUGGAGGAAAAGUGGCAAGUGGCAACGACGGAGAAGUCAAUGCAGAUGAUGAUUUCCAGAGGGAAAUGUUCUUUUACCGUCAAGCUCAAGCAACAGUUCUUGAGGCCUUGCCCCUCUUGAACAAGCACAAUGUUUCUACCAAGAGACCUGAUGACUACUUUGCUGAGAUGACCAAGUCGGAUCAACACAUGCAGAAGAUCAGGAAGAAGCUGCUUUCAAAGCAGGCGAUACUGGAGAAGUCGGAGAAGGCAAAGAAGAUACGUGAACAAAGGAAGUUUGGCAAAAAGGUCCAAAUAGAAGUGAUCCAGAAAAGACAGAAGGAGAAGAAGGCAAUGAUGUCUGCUGUUAAGAAAUACCAGAAAGGAAUGAGUGACAAGUUGGAUUUCUUGGAAGGAGACCAAAAGCCAACAAGUACAGACGCAUCUCAGAGCUCCAAGAAGGCAUUGAACAAGAAAGGACCCAGUGCCAAGAGGAAGUUUAAAGACCAGAAGUUUGGCUUUGGAGGCAAGAAGAGCGGAAAGAAGUGGAACACCAAAGAAAGUUACAACGAUGUCUCCAGUUUCAAAGCCAAAGUGGCUCACGGAAAGGGUACAAAAGGAGGGAAGAAAGGCAAGGGAGGAAAACAAAAUAAACGUCCAGGUAAGUCUGCAAGAAGGAAGAUGAAGUCUCGCUCAUGAAAUGCGGGUUAAGGAUAUUUGGUAGGACUUGAACUUGGCUUUUAAGGUGAAUUUACCACAGCUGGUCGACCUUCGUUCAACCUUGAAGACACACAGGAGUAUUGACUGCAGUUUUGGUGAAUCAUCUGUCAUUAAAAGUGAAAAUAAAAGUGUGUGUGGCUGGUUGAGGAUUUACAGAGCAAGAGAGGAAGACAUUCUGCUGUGUUAAGGAGGCCGUUUUGCUUUUUAUAGAUUUACACCAAUCAAACAUUGUGUUCCUACAACCAAUUUUCACAUUAUUGUAAAGCCUCCUGAAUAGUUAUGAAACGCAACCUUUGCCUUUAUUAAAUGUCAUACUCAUACAUUUGUGUACCCAUUGUGCUAAUGUGAUCCCUGUCCCAUCAUUAACUUUGUAUUAUUUUUCUGUUCAGCUUUGUUUUUGCCAUGUCAGCUUAUUGUCUCCCAUUUGGCCUGGCAUUUUAAUAAUACUGAGCAUGUCACGUUUGCCCUUUGCUUUUCAUUAGCAUGUGAUGGCUAUAAUUGCUUUAUAUAGACCUUCCCAAUACAGUACUUUGUUUUUUUUUCUCCCACUGGUUCAUAUAUCAUGUUUUUUUUUUAAUUCUGUGAUGGUUGAAAAAUGUUGUCGCUGAAUUAUGGGGAAUAACCUAUUAGGAUUUGAUUCUGUGAUUGCCACAGCAAUUGGUAAUUAAAGACAGAGACUCCUUUUGAA